AUGUCGGAAGCAGCAUUGCGGCUACUACGAUAUGAAAAUGCUGAAAGUGAGUGGACAGCAAGCGUUGAAACUCUGACUAAAAAACUAAUAUCGUAUGUCGCUACUGGAAGAGCAGUGGAUAGAGUUGGAGGCUUCACUCCACCAGCAGCAAGAAUGUACAAAUUGAGAUAUGACUGUGAAAUGGAAAACCUCGCAGUUGCGCACGCAAGAAAGUGUCAGUUCAAACACUCUGAAAGUAGCUCAAGACCAGGUGCUGGUGAAAAUAUUUUUGCUAUAAGCCCUCCUGGUAACAAAGUGGAAAUCGGCAUCAGGGCUGCGUAUGCUUGGGCUGAGGAGGUGUAUAGGUACGGAGUAGGAAAUGAGAAUGUUUUCACCUGGGAGCUGAUAAGCCGACCUUACACCGCUAUCGGACAUUACACUCAGCCCGACAGUCUACCGAAAAAGGUUCUCACUAGUGCUGAGAACUUCUUCGGUGGAGGCAGUGGAUUCACUAUCGGAAGCAUGAAUCGACCAUACACCUUCUUACUGCACUGGCAUCUGACAAAACAAGCAUAG